AUGAUAUCAGAAUCAAUUGUGCCAGGAACUGUUGUUGAGGAAGGAAGCACGCCAACUACAACAAGUGCUGCACCACCUCCAGAAAGUCAAGCAGGAGUUUCGAAUAAUUCCUUGUCAAGAAAUCCAUUCAAAAGAAUCAAACAACGUAGAUAUCAAGCACAAAUGAAAGAAUUAUCUGAAAAGAAUGAAGAAAUCGAUGAUCCAAGAGAACCAUCCAUUGGAGCAAAGGAUCACUUGUAUUUAUUAUCCAAAUUUGGAUGGUUUAAUUUAAUUUUAAUGUUUUUUGGAACUAUUGGUGCAGUUGGUGCUGGAUUAAUUUCCUUAUUUAUCCAAUUUAUUGUUGGUGAUUUACUUAAUAUUUUAACAAGUACCAAUGUAACCACAGAAGCCAUCAGACAAGGUGUCAAUACAGUUGGUUGGAAAUUAACAAUUGUUGCAGCAAGUGCUUUUGUUGCCAAUUUCAUGUUACAUUUCUUUUUCAAUUGGGCAAAUGAAAGAGUUGGACAAAAAUUGAAAGAAUUAUAUUUUAAUUCAUUGACUGCUCAGGAGAUGGCAUUCUUUGAUAUUAAGAAAGUUGGUGCCUUGACAAGUGUGUUGAGUGAUGACGUGGCCAAGAUUCAAGAUGCCUAUACAUUGAAAUUAUCAACAAUUAUUCAGAAUACUGCUCAAACAGUUGGUGGAUUGAUCAUGUCAUUUACUUCUUCAUGGAAAAUGUCACUUGUCAUUAUUUCAACCACACCAUUGAUUUUCCUUACUAUUAUUAUUUUGGAUGUCAUUAUUAGAUUAUUCACAAGAAAGACCAAUGAUGCCAAUGAGAAGGGUUAUGCCAUUUCAAGUGAAAUUAUCAGUGCCAUUAAAACUGUCAGAUCAAUGGCUGGUGAAAUUAAGGAACAAUUGAGAUACAAGUCACAAUUGAAAAUUGUUAGCUUUUAUGGAUUUUUUAAGGCAUUCUUUAUUGGAUUGGCAUUUAUGAUUGUUGGUUUCGUAUUGUGGGGAACUAUCGCUCUUGGUUUCUGGUACGGAGGUAAUUUGAUCAUUGAUAAUGAGCUUAGUUUGGGAGAUUACUUUAAAGUUUUUGGUUUAAUGCUCAUGUCAGUUAUGGGUAUGAUUCAAACAACUGCAAGUUUCCCAGACUUUACAAAAGCAAGAUUGAGUGAAACUUACUUGUUGAAGGUAAUUAAGAGAGUGCCUGAAAUUCCAUUUAAGGGUGGUAAGAAAAUUGAUAAUUUGGUCGGAAAUAUUUCCAUUAGAAAUGUUGAUUUUAUUUAUCCUGCCAGACCUAAUAUUACAGUAUUGAAGAAUUUCUCAUUGGAAAUUAAGGCUGGUCAAUCGGUUGCUUUGGUGGGUCCAUCUGGAUCAGGAAAGUCGACCAUUGUUGGUUUAUUGGAAAAGUUCUAUAAUCCAAAUAAGGGAAGUAUUGAAAUUGAUGGAAUUGAUAUUACUGAAAUUGAUCCAAUGUGGCUUCACAGAAAUUUAGGUAUUGUCACUCAAGAACCAGUAUUGUUUGCUGCAACCAUUAAGGAUAAUAUUGCCUAUGCAGUUGGUUUGGAAAAUGUCACAGAUGAACAAAUUAUGAAUGCUGCCAAACUUGCCAAUUGUCAUAAUUUCAUUAUGGAUCUUCCAGAACAAUAUGAUACAUUAUUAGGUGAAAAGGGUGUCUCAAUGUCGGGCGGUCAAAAACAACGUAUUGCCAUUGCUAGAGCCUUAAUUCAAAAUCCUAAACUUUUACUCCUGGACGAAGCUACUUCUGCAUUAGAUACAGAAUCAGAAGCUUUGGUUCAGGCAGCUCUCGAUACCUUAAUGCACGGUAGAACAACCAUUUGUAUUGCUCACAGAUUGUCAACAAUUAAGAAUUCUGAUAUGAUUUGUGUUUUGGUGAAGGGUAACUUGAUGGAAAAGGGUAAACAUGAUGAUUUACUCCGCAAUGAAAAUGGUGUCUAUAGAAAGUUAGCUGAGAAACAAUUGGCAUUCACUGAUCAUCCUGAAAAGGUUGAUGCUGAGGUGAUUAUGGAUAUGAUGGAGGAGGAUGUUGAGAAUGAAUCAUCAGAUCAUGAUGAAUAA